GUGUCACUAAAACACUGUGCCGUGGUCUCUCCCUAUUGGACAACACGAGAACCACAAAUAGGUCGAUCUUGUAGUAGUUCCCCCAACAGAAGUUCUACAGUUCUAUCGGUGUUGGUGGACAUAGGACCACAUGUCUCACUGUUUUGGUGAAAUCUAAGGAAAAAGAGUCACUUUUACAUUGAUUUUGGUCAAACUUUGCCAACCCGGAAGUGAGGAACGUCUUGUGCCCAACUUUAUAGACCAAAAUGUCUGCACAAAGAUUGCUCGUACGCCAGGUGGCGCUCCUCGUGACGACCCUGUGUCUGCUUCAGACCGGUUGGUCCGCCCACUGGUCCGACAAGGACAGGACACCUGUGCGGAAAGAUCUGUGUCCAGAAGAAGGCGACUGGACCCAGGGAGGCGGCAGCUGUUACCAGUUGGUGAAGUCUCCAACACAGUGGAUCAUGGCAGAGUACCUGUGUAGGGAGUACUUCCACCAAGAAGCCAUGCCCGUAAAAAUAACCAGCAAGGAAGAAAACGAUUUCGUUUGGAAGCUGAUCGGGGAUCGUGACGUGUGGAUAGGACUACAAGACAUCUCAAAUCCGGAUAGAGACGUCGGGGUGUGGCAGUGGAGUGACGGGACGAACAUGACCAGGAAGAUGUACAAGAACUGGUACCCAGGGUCUCCUAACGGGAACGGGGAGACCUGCGCACUGUUCUGGGAGGGAGGGGAAGGGACAUGGGAUGACGUACACUGUAGAGAGGAGUAUCCCUUCAUCUGUGAACUGGAUAUUGAUGAGUGUGCAAAAGGCCUUCACAAGUGUAGCCCAAAGGCUCUCUGUGAGAACACAGGCGAUGGAUACGAGUGUGAAUGUGCGAUUGGGUACGAUGGGGAUGGAUAUACCUGUGAGAAGUUAAAACCUGGUCAACAGAGCAAAAAGCAGAAACCAAAGGAAAAGAAACCAAAGAAAGUAGAAAGGAGCUACAAAGAUCUGGACAAGUGCGUGAAGGGGUUGAACAAGUGUGCUCCUCAGGCCAUCUGUGAGAACGUAGGCGAGUCCUACAGGUGCACCUGCGCCAUGGGGUAUGUGGGGGACGGCUUCACCUGCCAGAGGGACACUCCGCAGCUACGGGAACAAAGGAGGAAACAGAAGGAAUUAGAGGAACAACAACAAAAGGAACAACAACAAAAGGAAGAGCAACAAAAGGAAGAGCAACAAAAGGAAGAGCAACCGACUCAAGAGCAACCAAAGGAAGAGGUGGAAUCUGGAGAGAGUGACAAGAAAGAGGAAGUAAAAGAGGAGCUAUAAGCAUUAGGUUCUUAUUAUGGUAUUGAAAAUUCAUUUUUUCGGGUCUGAAUUUUGCAGUUGAAAGGGAAAGGAGAUUUUGUGGUGUUACAAGUUUGCAGAUGAAACAAGUCUGUAGUACAUGUGCCGUAGUAAUACAUUGGAAAUACACAUUUGCAGUGGAUAGGUCACCAUGAAAAUUAAACCAAAAUGAUUGAUUCAAGAUUUACAUUACUAAAAGGCAUAGUUUUUUUGCAAUUAGGUCAAUGCUUUUUCUUAAACCUUCUCUGCAAUAUUUUUACAAUAUGGUGCAAGUACAAGUUAAUGAGCAGGAGCUGAGAAAAGAUGAAGUACAUGUAUACUUCCGGGGAAUGUGCAUUCCAAAAAUUAUAAUAGACUAUAACAGUUAUGUAUGAAGAAUAUGGUAUGUAUGACAUAUGCCCCAGUGCCAUUUCAUUUCAUUGUACAAAGAGGAAUGAUUGUUAUGAGCUGUACAAUGCUUUCUAUUGUGGAGGGAUCCUGGCAAUGCUUAACAAUAAGUCUAGGAGGGCUUGAUGGUAAAUUCAGGAAGAUGGGCAAUACUUAAUAGUAGUAAGUUGACUUGGUAGUUAGGUAUGUAUUCACGAGGUGCCUGGCAAGACUAGACUGUGAACACUCACAACUGGAUGCUCUGUCGCUACUUUUGCGGAAUCUAUUGUUUUACUUCACAAUAUGAAGUGAUUAUUUGUCCAUAACGAAAACAGUGAAUUUAAGAUGGCUGCAUUGUGCAAUAGAAGUAUGUUUUUACAAACUAUUAUGUUUAGGUCUUGUUUGAUUUUGAGGUGUGCAUUAAAAGUGGUGACUUUCUGUUAUCUAUCAUGUGCUUAGAAUUACUAGUACAAAAUGUAUUAGCAAAGAUGAUAAUAAUAUGCAUAAUCAAGUACAUUUCCAUAUCAAUUACCAAUUACUUAUGUUGUUUUUUUUAGGGGGGGGGAGUGAGAAUUGAGAGAAAAUAAAAUACCUGAAGAAACA